AUGGAGCUGGGCCUGGUGGCGGCGGUGCGCUUGGAAGAGGGCAUUCCCAAAUUGUUGGUGAAGGUGAGCCCGGCGACGGCGCAGAACAGUGCCAAGAACCUGGGGGAGGUGACCUUGAAGAAAUAUGGCACCAAUGGCCGCAGUCAUGUGGCAGUGGUGCAUUUGAGCACUGCGGUGCCCGUGGGCAUCGUGUUGAUGUCCACGAAGCUGGCGGAGCUCUUGGGCGUCACCGACGGUGAACAGGUGCACAUUGCCCGCUCGGAGCGCGUGCGCCGGAGCCGCGCGGAGGAGGAGGGGCCGACGGAGACGUUGGGCUCUCGUAGCCAGUCCAAGACGGCCGGCUCGCUCCCGCCCGAGCAUCGCCGCGUCUGGACGGAGGCCUCCCCGCUCUUCACGCAGGACCCCCGUGCCGUGCCGGGCGCCGCGGGCGGCACCCCGGGCGGCGCCGCGUCCGCACGGCGCACGGUGCACGGGAGGCUCUACGGCACGGCGCAGGCGAAGACUGCUGAAGAGCUGCCAGAGCACUUCGCGCCACAGCCUCGCUAUGUACCACGGACAUACAGCAACCAGGGCAUCACGGUCGCUCCACCCAGCUAUCAUCAUCCGCCUUUGCCAGUUGCCCAGCGGCCGCCGGUCACGCCCUGCGCGUGUCCCAGUCCGAAGGGCAUGGUGAGCCCCUUCGCGGCGAGUCCCGGCAGCCCUGGCUCGAGUGCGGUGAGCCCUGCAAGCGCGAGUCGACCGUGUGUGCCCAGUCAGUGUUUGGUGUUGAAAGCCUCACAGUUCCAGCACCUUCUGCAUGAUCUUGGGCAGACACACGAGGCCUACGCAAGCCACGCGGGACAUGCAUUGUCCUUGCAGUCCCCCAAGCGCCGCGGAAGGAUCUUGAACGACUUUUGCAAGAAGACGCUGGCCCAGCUGCAUCCGGACAGUAAAAUCGAGGAACCUCGUUUGGGGACCUGUUGCAAUGGAGCUCGAAGGUCAGCUUCACAGGCGGAGUAUGACUUCAUUCUGGAUGGCCGCAAAGUUCGGUGCAAGAGUGCGCAGAUGUCUUGGAGGAAGGCGCAGAAGUCGUGGGGUGUCAGCUUUCAUAGCAUCAAGUUGCCAUUGCAAGGUUUUCGGGACCAGGCUCCCUUUGAUGACUUGUAUCUCAUAAUAUUCAGCCCAGACAGCUUGCACAUCAUCAAGCAUGACCUUCAGACAGGAGUUACCUCAAGUGGCAAGCGAACAGGAUAUGGUGGCCACUGCAUUCGCAUGUGUAGUGCUUGUCGGCAAGAAGGUUGGCAAAAAGCACGAUCUCAAAUCCUCGGCAAGUUCUUGGCUGACGGCGUCAAAGUGGAAGUGAAGCACGGGCAGAUGCGCCUCAACAAUGCCCUCAGGCGUUGGCAAUGUGAAUUUUCGGGCAUCAAGUGUGCAAGUGCGGGUACUCGUGACCGUGAGCUUUUUGACGAGCUUUGGCUUGCAAUUUACAGCCCGCUGGGCAUUCAUUUGUUCAAGCAUCCUGGAGGCCACGUCCGACUCAGCCUCACAGGAUUGAACGAACAAGAGGCAGGUGUUGCUUGGACCCUGGCGGUGGCUCAUGCUGCUUGCUUGGACUCCCAAGCCUGUGUGGAGGAGGAGGAAGCGAUGGAGUUGGCCCAGCUGCGAACGCAGCUCCUGCAGGUGAAGAUGGAACUUUCAUCCUCCAGCGAGGAAGCCGAAGGCGUUUACGGGAAGCUUUUGGUGGACUCACCCAGCUGGUGUGGACACAUCCCGUGGAUCGUCCAGUUCGUAGUGCCACCCUGCUGGUUUGGCAAACCGGACCGCAGCGACGAACCCAAAGGCCCUGAUGGCAAGCCAGCUUGGUGUCAGCACGUCUACCAGGGAGCGAAGCCAUAUGUCGAGGAGUGCGCGACCCUGGGCUCUGGCCCACCGCCCGUUUCACCAGCCGCUUCACCGGCCGCUUCACCGGCGGCACCGGCCAAGAAGCCGGCCAGGAAGCCUGACUGGUGCGCGCACCUGCCUGAAGCAUCCAAGAAGUACACCCCAGACUGCAACGAUCAGAUUGAGUCCCUGUGGUUGCGGCAGCGGGAGGCGAAUUGGGCCUGGCGCCCUGAGGCAGCAGUGCUCAUGGAAUUGGACCACACGCAGAACAGCUCGAGCGACGUGGUCUAUGGUAAGUUGAUGACGAGCGCACCUCACUGGUGCGGCUACAUCCCUUGGCUGGUCCAGUUCGUGGUGCCUCCCUGCUGGUUCGGCAAGCCGGAGCCCAGUGAGGGGCCAUUAGGCCCUGAUGGCAAGCCCCACGCUCGGCUCUGCAGGGCCGGCGGGAGUCCUGGCUCCCGGAGCUCUCAGUUGAUCGGGUGA